UACCUCUUUCUGUCUCGCCUUGAUAGCAUUAUGCCGAACACAACCCUCGCAGCCAUCGGCCUCUUCGGCUCGGCCACGGCCUCUUCCUAUGUUCUCUUCUCUAACCUAGGCAUGUCGCAGUACGGUCUCGUCCCUUUCAUUCGAGGCAAGGUGGCAGACGUCCGCCUCUCCGCAGCGGACAAGCUGCGUACGUGGGUGGGAUACUACAACGGGGGCAAGUUCUGGUCGAUUACUGGCGCGGUGGUCAACGCGCUCUGCGGCACCCUCGUGGCCCUCACCCAUCCGGCGAUUGAGAUCCAGCGUCUCGGUUUGGGCUCCGCCGUUCUCGGACUGGCUAUCGUGCCGUAUACCCUCUUGGGCAUCAAGCCGACGAACGACAAGAUCUUCGCGCUCGAGGCCAAGGCUCGGCGCGGCGAGAAUGUUGAUGACAAGAAGGUCGAUGGGUUGGUCGAGGAGUGGGUGUCGCUACACAACGUUCGAUACGUCGCCUACGUCUCCUCGUGGCUCCUGUCGGCCGCAGCGCUCGCCAUGAACGGCAAUGUCCUUAUCGAGGUGCUGGAUGUCGUGUAUCGCGCGCCGCCGGUGUACUACAGCUCUGGCCCUGUGUAAAAUUGCGUAGACGUAGCAGUUAGCUUGUAAGAUGUGACGCGCGUCCAAUGUCGUGGC